CAAUAAAAAUACAUUCAACAAAGUAAGAGGGUGGCUGACUGAAUAAUGUUUUUAUGCCACGGUGAAUUUCUAUAAACAGUAAUGUAAAAUAAAUUGUUAUAAUUGAUAGUGAAUUAGUUAAGGGUCAACGAUCAAAGGAUAUUUGGAAUGGGUUUCUUUGGGAGUUUAUAAUAAAGGCUGUCUCAAUCUUAGCACAGUAUUGAUUUGCAUUGGGUUGGGUGUGCCAGUGUGAUCUCGUUAAUGUGCAGGUUAAUACAGCAGCACCUUCAUAUCCAGCGAGCAGGACACAGAGACAGACAGCAGCUACUCCACUCUCUAGUAAUCGAGUCUGCUGUGAUGGGGGAGAGGGGAUUGCUUAUCCUUCUGCUUGCAGGACUAUGUGGGCCUGCUUCCAAUCAGAUCAGAAAACAUGUGUUUGUGCCAAUUACACUGAGCUGGUCUCUAGCUCAGACCUACUGUAGACAGCAACACACAGACCUGGCCACUGUGCGCAGCCAAGAAGAAGCAGAGCAGCUCUUAACUCUUUCAGAAUUCUCUCUCAUUGAUUCUGCCUGGAUCGGGUUGUAUCGUGAUAACACACAGAACUGGAAGUGGUCUAACAGCGAUGAUGUCAUCUACUCCAACUGGAACAGUGGGGAACCAAACAAUGUGUUUGGCAUUGAGAAUUGUGUGAUUAUGAGCCUAAGGAAUGGUCUGUUUACAUCCAGAGGUAAAUGGGUUGAUGUGGUUUGCGGCGGGAUCCUCCCCUUCUUCUGCUAUGAGGAUAUAAAACCUACAAACCUCUCCGCUCUGAUCAUUCAAAAUCAAGAAUCCUCAAGCCUCCCCUCCACUCUGAUCUCUCAAGAUCCAAACCCCUCUGACCUGCCUUCUACACCGGCCUCUAAAGAUCCAAACCCCUCUGACCUGCCUUCUACACCGGCCUCUAAAGAAGCAGAACCCUCAAGCCUCCCCUCCACUCUGAUCUCUCAAGAUCCAAACCCCUCUGACCUGCCUUCUACACCAGCCUCUAAAGAUCCCAAACCUUCAAGGCCUCCUUCAACACCAGUCACUAAAGAUCCCAAACCUUCAAGGCCUCCUUCAACACCAGUCACUAGAGAUCCAAACCCCUCUGACCUGCCUUCUACACCAGCCUCUAAAGAUCACAUGGCAAUCGGAAGGGUCAAACUUACUGCACCAAAAGGAAUGAAUCUUGAAGACCCCAAAGUGAGCGAAGCCAUUUUAGAGCAGAUUCGGGAGUACCUCUCCAAGAAUUUUCCGAUGGAAGGCGUUAAGAUGCGCUGGAGAAAACAAGACGGAGAGAUUUUCCACAAGGAUGAGGAAGAGGAGGAGACGUCCUCCGAGCCGUGAGAUACCAUUGCCGGCAGCGGGGUUCGGGGCAUUUUGCCAUUGGUCUCUAUUAUAAACAUGCCAAACUUCUUAAAUUUUGUUAAAAAAGUGAUUUGAUUUCUUAAUAUUUUAUUUCUUUGGUGGAUAGUAUCAGGGAAAAUUGAUUCAGGGUGGGAAUAAGGUUUAAUCAGGGCUUUUGAGUGUGUGUUUAAUUUUAUAUUAGUAACUACAACGAAACUGUCAAUAAAAUCAGGUUUAUUGAGGGUGUGUUUGUUGUUUCAAUUUUCUGUGUAUUUUUAUAUGAUAAUUCAUAUAUAUAUAUAUAUAUAUAUAUAUAUAUAUAUAUAUAUAUUAGUUAUUUGUGCAAUCGAGUGAUGCAGGCUAUUUCACUCAAUGUUUUUUCUUCUUUAUGCAAGUCAAGGUUGUUAUAAUAGUAGAACACACUAGUGGAGGCUUUGAGUAAAUUGUUGAUGCUCAUAAUGCAUCAGAGUAGAAAAUUGCAACAUGGCUAAGACUUUUGCUUCAGUUGAGCUAUCAUUUAAAUUAGGUGUAUUUCAGGUGUUUUAGUUUUAUAUUAAUUUUACAUUAUCUACUGGUGUGCAACAGUUUUUAUA